AAUCCACAGGCCAUUUUGAUUGAAGUUUGACUUUAAGAUUACUGAUCAGUCAUGCUUUUGCUGAACUUGUCUGGGUCAAAGCGGAGGCUGGUGCUGAGCACUCUCCUAAUUUGUGCUGUAAUCUUGGAGUUAGCUUAUUGUCAGAAAGAGGCCGAAGAACAGAGGACCACUCCGGGGAGGAAGCCCAAGCCAAGCAAACCUAAACUCGGGAAAUCAACAAAUAAAAGUCCAAGAGCUGUAACAACCAAACCUAAGGUCAAAGCUACACCUGCAGCUCCACCGCAGACCUUCCUCACACAGGUGCUAAACAGAGGGAAGUUUAAGAAGGUGGGAGAGAGCAUCAGUGUGCAGACAGGAGACACUCUGGAGCUGAGGUGCAGGGGAAGCCCUGUGCAGUGGAGCGUCCCCUCGUACCUGGAGGAGGAUGAUGAUGGAAGGCUCAGGAUUGUCCAACACGAACGAUAUGGUGUUCUGACAUUAGUCAACACGACAGGCGCAGACACGGGGGAGUACACCUGUUAUCCUAUGUACUGUGAGGACACAGACUGCAGGAAAGAGUACAACAAAGCUGUCAAAGUCUUUGUCUUCUUUCCCGACCCACAGGAACUAUUUGUGCCAUCGUCUGACUAUUACAAGGUGAUUCAGCUGAGAACAAACUGGCCGACAGUCCUCCCCUGCCAGGUGACCUCACCAGAGGCUAAAGUGACUCUGCACCGCGAGUUUCCACCCGUGGAGGUCGCAGUGGACGGGACGGAGAUCUCCUUUAACGUCAAGAAGGGCUUCACCAUCCAUCGACCACGGCCUUAUCAUGCUGGAGCCUUGUACUGUGUGGCCAGUCUGGGCAACCUGAGGCAGAGCUCCACCAAGUACAUGCUCAUCUAUGUUAACUACCCCAUGGCUCCUCCUGCUCCAGUGAUCCAGGCGUCGUCGAGCUCGGUGGCAGUGGGGGAGAAUCUGCGUGUCAGCUGUUCCGUGAUGGGAGAACAAGAUGUGGUCGUGGAGUUUAACUGGGAAUAUCCAGGACAGCAGAUUGGGAGGCCUCUCUACACACAAGAGAGCGUCAGUCCAGUUGGUGGAGGAGCAGCUCGGCAGCAGUCUCAGUCCAUCCUCCUGGUGGACGAGGCGAGGGACGUGGACCAAGGAACAUACACCUGCACCGCCCAGAACCUGCAAGGAGCCAAAUCAGUGUCCACAACCGUUAAGGUGGUCCCCAAAGCCAAACCUAAGAAACUGUAAACCAAUCAAAGCUGUGGCGAGAUGGAGAGAGAGAGAGCGGAGAUCUGGUGCAACCUUCGACUAUGUCACAGUAUCCAACAGUGUUUUAUGAGUCACAUAUGAAUACGUAACCACGAGACAACAUUCUCCUUCUGUAACUAUGAGUAACAGAACCACAGUGUAGCAUUACAAUGAUGUCAGAGGUCCUAUUGUUUAGAUGAAUAUAUGUGAGUUGUUGUGGGUCAAACUUGUCUAUUCAAAGUUUUAUAUAAACAUGUUGUUGCUCUGUCUUUUUUUUUUUUUACUUAUUUCUUAUUGUGUAUGACCCCGCUAAAGACACUGAACAUAAAAAUAAAAUAAAUUCAACUGUCAUGAA